UAUAUACACACACACCUGCAGCAGAGGGGAACAGACUGAGCAGCAGGCUGGAGCAGGGGGCAGGCUCCCAGCAGAAGAGGGAAAUUGGAAGAGCUUUCAUCUCCAGUUAGCCAACAUUGAAGGACACCAAGCCACCAGCAUGCGAUUAAUGACCCCAGCACUGGACCCACCUCUUGUCACCAGGGAGCACAAUAGAGCACACAGCCCCCCGGUGCAUUAAACUUACAGCACCCCCCAUGGGACAGGGACCUGGCUACCGCAGCAUCUGAGGGGCCUCAUGGACGAACACGUAUGCUGAAAUUUGGCAAAAAGACAUCUUUCGUCUAGGAUUUCUGCUUCAUGCUGUCUCUGCUGGCUGGCGACCUCUGCUGGGGCUGGGUUGGACGGAGUGGGUAACUCAAGUGCAGGCUCCCUCAAAGGCUUCAGGGAGAACCACAGAAGAUAUUCCUCAUUUGUAGGACUAUGCAGACAACCCCAGGAUGGUGUCAGCCAAGGAGACAGAUAUGUACGACGCCAUCUUGGAAACUAAUGAUGGAUCCAGCUCUGAUGCUGGUUGGUACUUCCCCUACCCAUUGGGCUUCCAGGUUUCCCUUGCUAGCUUCCUCAUGUUGGAGAUUGUUCUGGGCUUUAGCAGCAACCUGACAGUACUUGUUCUCUACUGCAUGCAGUCAAAUCUGGUGGACUCGGUCAGCAACAUGGUGACAAUGAACCUCCAUAUUCUGGAUAUUAUUAUCUGUGUCAUCUGUGUGCCUUUGACCAUAGUCAUCAUACUCAUCCCACUAGAGCAAAACAUAGCUCUGGUGUGCUGCUUCCAUGAGGCGUGUGUGACAUUCAGCAGCAUCGCAACAGCCAUCAAUGUCCUGGUCAUCAGUUUGGAUAGGUAUGAUAUCUCAGUUAGACCCGCCAACCGAGUCCUUACCCCUAGCAGAAUGAUGCUGCUUUUGUCCUGUGUCUGGUUUGUCUCUCUCAUGGUUUUCUUCAUACCAUUCUUUGAGGUGGAGUUUUUUGGUGACCCUGAUAACAUGGCUACGUGGCAAAACCGGACGUUGCUCUGUGUCAGCGUGAAUGAGUAUCAUACAGAACUGGGGAUGUACUACCAUCUUGUUAUCCAGAUUCCCAUCUUCUUUGCAGCUGUGGCCGUUAUGCUAGUCACCUAUUCGAAAAUCCUCCAAGCUCUCAACAUAAAGAUUGGAAACCAUUUUAAAAGAAGCCAACGGCGGAAAACCAAGAAAAGGAAGAAAAGGAAAGCAUCCGAUCAAAGCAAUAUGGCAGAGACCAAAAGAUUGGCACCUCCGGCGGUGGUUCAGAACCCCCCUAUGAGGGUACAGGCCUCCGUCUCUGUUAUUAUUGCAUUGAGAAGGGCUGUGAAACGACACAGGGACCGUAGAGAGCGCCAGAAACGUGUCUUUAGGAUGUCUCUCAUUAUCAUCACCACCUUUUUGCUUUGCUGGGCUCCUAUAUCCAUUGUGAACCUUCUUAUUCUUUGCGUUGGGCCCAGUGACCUAUUGGUGAAAAUGCGCAUCUGUUUCAUCACCAUGGCCUACGGCACAACAAUCUUCCACCCUCUCCUGUACGCAUUCACUCGUCAGAAGUUACGCAAUGUUCUAAAGAACAAGAUGAAGAAAAGGGUAGUAUCGGUUUUGCAGGUAGAUCCUGCACCUGGGGGUACUGUCAUACACAACUCUUGGAUUGAGCCAAAAAAGGCCAGGAAGACAAAGUUGGAAUGCAGUGAUGGGACAGACAGAUGCCUUACAGAUGCUGUGAAAGAAUGAUCAUAUAAUGUCAUGAAUUACAGUUUAUAGACACUUAAUAUGGCAGAGAAAUAAUUUUUGAUUUUUGUGCACAAUUUUUAAAAAGAGAGUCUAAAUAUUUGUAAGCUACAAGCAUAAAGGGACAAUAUACAACAUUGGUUAUACUAAUAAAAUAUAACCUUAUUCUACUUAGAGUCCUCUGCCAUUUUACCUCUACAGCCUGACAUGGCACCUAUCGACUCAUCCCAUCCGGAACAUGGAUGGCCAGUCUGACGAAUACAGGGCCCUUUGUACAGGCCCCGAUACAGUAAAAAAUGUGUCAUUUGACUUGACUGAUCAUCUGAACUACAAGCAUUUCAGAGGAAUCACAUAGUAUAAACCAUGCACUGAAGAUUCAAACAGUUUAUAAAUACCAUGAAGCCAUUCCACAGACCAUGGGUUCUGAUAAUCACCUUUAAAAAUAAUCACCCAUUAAUUGGGGAGAGAAAGACGGAAGUGAAAAAAAAAAACUAGGACAAUCUAGCGAAACCUGUAUUUUUAUACAAUUCUACGAAAUCAUUUUAAUUCCUGAUUACAGCCAUGA